AUGCGGUGGCUCUUGGACAGCAGCUGGAGUAAAUUUGGACAUGCAGGCAGGGGCAGCUAUGAGUGGAUGACAAGUGAACCUGGACUACCAUUUGAAGAAACCAAGCUGCAGCACCCCAAUGAAAUCAAUUCCACCAAAGAAGACUUACAGCCAUUCCUGUGCAUCAUACUCCCUACAACUGCAUUACUAGUGAUAGGGUUCUUCGUGCUGUUCCUUUAUCGGAGGUGUCGACGUAAGAUCCCACAAGGUCAAAUCUUUGCCAUAAGUCUCCAGGAGAACCUUCCAGACAGAGAAAAUGACUUCUUUUCCACCUUACCUUGGAGCUCAGAACCUUUUCAGUACUGUACACUGGUGCCGGAUGCCUCUUUUCUUACCAUAUGUUUGCCUCCUCCAUAUGAAGAAGCAAUCCUGAAGACAUCAAGUGACUCCUGUAUCAGUAUCUAUCAGGACCCAGUGCCUCCAUAUGAGGAAAGACCACGCAGGUCAAGUAAAUAA